GGCGACCACCAACCGCCGACCGAGAGAAAUGUACAGUUUCGUCCCUGUUUAUCUCUUUCCUUCCACGAGUCAUCGUCAGAGCUCCGGUUCCAAUUCCAACUCCCAGUCCGUCAUCUCGACCAUCGGGCGCAAUCCGUCGCUCUGUUCGCUGCUCGACGCUGCAAUUCGUCGAUCCUCGCGAUAGCCCCCUGUCGACCAGUCGCCGUGUAAUUGUUUAAUUCUUCAGGUUCCAGGGUAACGACGUCCGGGUAUUGACAGAGUCGACGGCGGAAGAAGGGAGAGAGGCAAAGCGACAGGAGAAACGCAGAAAGAGCACAGUGAGGGUUCCUCUUGCCUCAGUCGCCGACCUUCUUUGCUCCUCUUCCUUCGUCUUCGUCUUUGACUUCGUCCUCGUUUUCACGAUACCGAAUCAUCGCUGGCCGACUACGACGACCACGUUGACGGUGACAAACACCCACGCGACACCAUCGUCAUCCAUCGCUUCCAUUCCAGAUACACCGGACCAUACGAUAUCCAAGUAUACUUUUCCGUCACCCCCUGCAGUCCCAGCCACUUCCGUCAGCUCGCCCUGCUUCGUCUUCGCUUCCGCUUGUGCCACAGCUCGAGACAUUCCAGCAUCACCACCCGCUGUCGCUUGAGACAUUCCUGCGCCAUCGCGACGGAAACCCCCGUGCCGGACUGGCUGCCAAGCUGGGCUACCGACUACGACGCGCACCCAGCCCAACGCUGUACCAAUAUACCCAACCGACUGCCGAUCCAACGACGUCGACCUCUCCGACAUCCUCGCUGCUCUCCCAUCCAUCCAUCGGUCCAUGGCGAGCCCUUCCGACCCAACGCAGCCCAUUGUGUGUCUAGCCGGCCUGGAGAACCACACUUCAAGAAAAGCUAGACACGAUUAGCCUCAAGGUUCACGCUUUCAGCGGCACGCCUUGCCCACCCAGGCUCACCACUUGCCGCCCGCCCUCCGUAGCGUCGCCUCGCUCCAACGCUGCAGCACACCAGGUUCAGGCCUGUUCCUGUUCCUGUUCCUGCGCAAUAGCAGCUUUCGAUAUACCAUCAAAGCGCAAUCCCCAUCCAUUCAUCACCGCCCACGACCCGAAAGUACCAUCCAGGGAUUCCGUCCUAUCCAAACCUAUCGAUUUCCCUCCCUUUUCGAACUCGUUGCACCCUCCUCAGCUGCGCUGGCCCGAACGCAAACUGCCAUCGGGUAAUCCUGCCCCCUCGGCAAGCAUCAUCCCGUUUGCUGCCAGCUUGCCGUCGCCCAAUUCGGCAUAUCUCUCUAUCUCUCUUUCUCUCUUUCUCUGGUCACCUCAAUUUUACUGCCGGCCUUGAUCUUCUUUGACUCCAGGGCCUGAAAGGUUCGGGUCCUCUGGUAACACAAAGUUCAGGGUCAGGCCAAUUGCCCUGGGUCGGUUGAAUUUGCGCACCGCUCGUUGUUUGUUUCUUUCACGCCCGACAAAGAUGGACUCCCAUCUUGUUCGGACACAGUCGCGCGACCGCGAAAGGUCCCAUGCCUCCCCCGUCUAUCCUCGCCCUUCAUCGAGAUCUAGUACAAGUACCAAUGCAACCCGGGCCACUCCUCGAAGCGCAAACAGCUCGACCUCGCACUUUGUCGCCUCUUCGCGGCCCUCCAGCGCUCACCCCCCUCAUAGAUUCCACCACAGCUCUUGCGCGCCCUCCACCGUGGCCUCCCGCCCAGGUUCCGUUGUGUCGAGAGGCAGGGCCUCUGAUUCCGGACGACAGGCCACGGCGGCAUCCAGCUACCUGCAAGACAAGCUGCAGAAGAGAAGGGAGGAGGCCGAGAGACUGGCCGCGGCGCGGGCUGCCCAAGAGAUGAGCGCUUCCAUGGAUCUUCCUGCACGACAUGCACAGAGUUCCCCUGCCAAGGGCGACUCUUUGGACGGGCGCCGGCCGGGGUCGAGUGGCGGCAGUGCGGAAGCCGCAAAGAAGACGGGGUUGGGUGCCAAGGAGAUGGAGGCCACCGUUUCCACGCUGCACAAACAGAACUUUGACCUGAAGCUCGAGCUCUUCCACCGACGCGAACGACAGAACGCUCUCGAGGAGCGCAUCGACGCCCUCGAGGCCGACAAGGCGCAGAUGGACGAAGUGAACGACAGCUUGUUGGACGAGCUGGAGAGGCGAGACAAGGCCGUGCAGGAGGCAGUUCAGAUGAUAGUGACGCUCGAGGCCCAGGUUGCGACCCUCUUGAAGGAACGGGAAAUGGUGCGGCAGAUCGAUGCGGCCGGCGUUCUGGCUCUCGAAGAGCUCGAGUCUCGCCUCAACGGCCCGACGCCGAGGCCCAGAGAAGCGAACAUAGCCCGGCUCGAGCAAGAUGCCAAGACUCUCAACCGUAUGCCAAGCUUCAUAUCGGAUCGUACCGAGAACACGGAGAACCUGCGCAAGGUCUACCUAAGUUCGCGCGGUAGCCUUCUCAGCUUGCCAAGGCUCACGACUGAGGCCGAAGAUGCCGACGCCCGCCGUGUCAACACCAUGACGAGCCCGAGCCUUAGCGUCCUCAGCGAGAGUUCCUUUGUAAGCGUGUACGGCGAGAGGGACGACCAGGACCGGACAGUCAUCGCCAACGCCAAUGCCGACAUGUCGAGCACUGUGGACAGCGCCGCGCCCCCUUCUCGGCCUCGCAACCCGUCGUACGACAGUGACCAGUCUGGAGUUUCAAGGCCACCUACCACAACGUCGACGAGGUCGAGUCGACCCACCAGAUCCAACUCUGUUGGGCGUACGACUGGCCCAGGCCAGUUUCAGUCCAUCAACGACAUCAUCGACCACACCUCUCACCUGCAGGCGCUGGCGAGACUCGACCAUACUUACUUGAGUAAUAUACUGGCCCAAGACCAGUCUCCGUCAGCGGGUAGAGGACAAUCGCACACGCAUGCGAGGCGGGUUUCUUUGCGCAAAGUGACGACGGACGCGCUGCCCCCACGAUCCGCCGAGCAAGUCUUACCUCCCACGCCCGAUACCAUUUCCACGUCAACACUUCGCAGGUUCAAGGCGUCCAACGAUACCCUUUCCAAGCAACGAGGAGGCAUAUCGGAUCAGCGCAGCUACCGGUCCGUUUCCGACGGCACCUCCAAGGGCGACGAGGGGGAGCACCAGGGAGGCGCAUCGGUGUCUCAGCAGCCUCCGGCUCCUGCAUUUGUGGACCGCAAAGAACCACCCGGCCCAACUUCCCUAGACCCGAGCCAGCCAUCGAUCCCUCGCCCUAGAUCAGCAGGUGAAACCACAAUCUCCAGUCACCGGGAUGUCGAUUGGGACUCGGACGGAGACUCUGUUCACUCGCUGGACUCCAGCCUUGACAUCUGGCUGCAGCAGGGCAAAGACCCGAGGUACAAGGAGCAAAACAGAAGCGCGUCUCCGGACCUCUUCAGCUUCCCGACGUCCGCCGGAGGAUGGAACACACACGCUAUCUUUGGUUCUGCCGGAGGUGCCUUUGACACCCCGGGCCUUGUGCCACACCACAGCAAUCAUGCGCAAGACCUCAUGUCGGUGCAAGAAUCUCUCUUCCCCGAUGGAGCCCAGCAGCCUCCACCGCCUAACCGGAGGUCGAGCCUCGGCGCAAAGACGGGGCCAACAUCCUCGAAGCACCCCCCAGUCAACGGAAAACUGCAAAAGUCGCCCUCCCAGAGCGGAUCACGGCGCAAUAGCGUCGACGCGCAAAUGGUUCAGCUGGCCGAGUCGGUCGCCAACACGACUCACAGUCCAGAGUUGAGACCCGGGACUCGAUCCAAGGACAGCCACUACCCGCCCUCGACUACAUCGGCGUCUCGUGGACAUCGUCUGAACUUUUUCAGACGGUCCAUCGGCGGCGGCACGACAACAGCCCAGGUGGAGCUUGCGUCUCCGGCGUGCCCGGCGGCCGUGCCACCUCCGUCGGUGGCAGCGACAGCGGGCUCCAUGGGUGUGCCAUCGUGGGUUCAACGGUCCCAUGUCGUUGAUGAGGAUCGGGCCAGCGCUACACCACCUCCCAUAAUGCGGAAUCCACGACCUGCCCGGUCUGGCAGCUCUGAUGAGGGAGCGCCUCUCAAUAAUGGGGUUCCUGCUGUGACCACAACACCCAUGGCAGCAACAACAACGCACGCUCUGCGUACGCCGAUGACGAACGGGACGCCUGCUUCCCCGGACACGGACACGACCUCAAAGGCCAACACAGGCAGUGGUGGCGGUCCAUCACAAAAGCGCAAGUGGCUUCCGGGAUUCGGUAAGGCGAGCAGUCUGCGGAAUCGUGCUGGAUGAAGAGGCCGGCAGUCGUUUUGACAAUCUUGACACUAUCAU